GCAUCGUAUUAAUAAUUAUUUAUUACAAAAGUAAUAUUGCAUUUAAAAAAAAUAUAUAAUUUAUAUGAAUUAUUAUAUAAACCAACAGCAUGGAUGAAAAACGUAAAACAAAAGAAACCAAUACUUUUCGGUUCAAAUCAUUUGCCGAUCGAGUUACCGAAAUCGACAUCCGUCGUUCGGCACUUUACUACAUUGGCCAUGCCAACGAAGAACUUCCCGAAGAUGAUGAAACUUAUUUCCAUCAAACCAUAAAAAAAUGGAGUGUUCUCAAUUUAACCGACGAAUACAAUCAAUUUAGUAAAAAAUGUAAUGGCAUUGUCACUCUUCCACAGUUGCUCCACAAGAAAGAUUUUGUUGUGGAUCAUUUGUUGGAGAAACUCUCCACAGCCACAAAUUUAUCUCUACAACCUUUGUUGGAGAUUUUGGUUGUUCUAGGGAGAGAUUUGCGUGAAGAAUUCUACCCGUAUUUUCAAAGAAUUCUUGAUAGACUUAUUUGCCUUUUAAACACCAAAGAUCCAGAUCAAUUAGAAUGGACUUUAAUCUGUCUGGCAUAUCUCUUCAAAACCAUGAAACCCUUUCUCAAGCGUAACAUCUCUGUUGUCUUUCAUGCCAUUCUACCUCUUCUCGAUGAAAACCGUUACUCUGAAAAUGUAACCAAUUUCGCUGUAGAAUGUUUUUCAUUCAUCGCCAGAGAUUUAAAAGAUUAUGGCAAACUACUUGAGAUAAUCUUAAAAACUGUAGAAAAAGAACACAUUCAAAGCAUUCAAGGAUGUGGUCGAUUGUUCUUUGAAAUUGUUCGUGGGGUCAAAGGAGUCUUCCACAGUAUCGCCGAUAAAUUUCUUGAAUUUCUCUUCGAGAGUCUCCUAAACAUUGAAGAGAAACGGCAAGAUCUUCUCUUUGAAGUCAUCUCUACAACACUUGGAGAGAUUCUGAAAUUUGUUCAUCCUCAUAAUAUUGGACUUGUUUGGAUUGUUCUUUGUCGAGUGAUUGGCCAAGGAUUGCAAGAAAAGAAAGUCAAUUCCUUGAAUUCUUUGAUACUCCUAAUGUCCAGAGCAGCACAAUGGAGAGAUGGACGAUUCCUAGCCGAAAUGGAGACUAUCGUUCCAACAAUUUUAAAAGUUGUCGAUGCUUCUUCUGAUGAUGAUACUAUUCUCCUGGACAAUAUUUGCACUCUGGUCAGUGUAAUUCUUCUCUCGAGUAAUGCCAAAGUCUCCCAACUCGACACCAGUCGCAUGAUAAAAAAACUCAUGCUAGUUAGUCAUCGAGAGAUAUUUGAAUCGUUUAUAACACGAAUCUCUACACAUACACAAUUUGAGAUUUUAGUUCUACCCGAUUUGUUAAAGUUCUUUGAACUUCAUUUUGAUCAACAAGGACUUGAAUUGUUGGCUCAAGUGAUUUUACAAAAGUCUCCACUCAUUAAAAAUGGACAGAAAUUGAAGGAGUGGAAGAAAUAUCCUCUCCAAAUGAAGAAACAAGAUAGUCUUAAGAAAUUUGAGAUGAUUUUUAAGGAUUUUGAUGGAGAAACUGAGAAAGACGAAGAAUUUUACUUGAGUCUUGUUUUGGCUCCACAUGUUGUUGGUCUAAAUUCAAAGACCAUCGAAAAGAAGUGCCAGGAACUCAUUCGACAAAUUAUCAAGGAUCUAGAAAAAGAUGAAACAGACAAAGGAAGAGCUUUGUUCAAAUUAUCCCUCCUAAUUGAAACUGGAAUUCAUCUGGAAUUCUCCUGGAAGGAUUCAGUUUUGGGACAAAUCAUCGACAUUAUUCUUCCCUUCUGUGGUAGCUCAAAUACAGGAUUAGAAAUUCUUGAUCAAAUCUGUGCCAUUAAGCCAAAUGUUGUAAAAUCCAAUGAUAAAGUCCCUGAAGUUUUGGCACGAUUCCUAAGCUCCCGAUCAAUUGAUAUUCGUCUUCUUAGCUCACACUGUCUGCAUUCCAUAUUUAACUCCAAUCCAUGUAGUCCAUAUAAAAUAUUCUACGACACCGAAAGCAUUGAACCAACUGUUCAUACAUACAGAGAACAAAUAUUGCUUCUCCAGAAACUCGAGACAAGUGGAGAGUUUUUUAAAUCAAUCAAAGAAGAUCGUUUUAAAGUCGACACCCUGAGAUUCCUCAUGGGAAUGCUGUAUCAUAAUUUCAAAUUCCUCUGGGAACCUGUUUUGCAACUCAUUCAAGAUUAUUCCAAAGAACUAUCAACUGCAGAUUUUUGGGAUGUUUAUAAACAAAAACUUGACGAAACUGCUGAAGAGAUUACACAACUCGAGAAAGGACUUUCCACAAAGACAGAUCAAUUUUAUUGGACAAGUUCGGCUUUAAGUUCAUUGCAAUCACAUGGAAUUAAGGAAUCCUCCAAACAGGAAUUGAUCAAUUAUAGAAAUCUUAUUUGGAGUAAAAUCUCCAGUUAUGGACAAAUUAGAGAGGUCAAAAAUCGUGAAUUGGUGACAAUGUUUUUGCAAUUUGUUCACGAUGAAUAUAAAGCGAAUCAACAAAAGAAACUCUACACUUGGGAUAUUUGUCAAGAUGAUGAUAAACAGAUUCCUGAUGAUGAGGAUGAUGAUGACGAAGUGGAAGUGAUCACACCAAAGAAGAAACAAUCUUCCACAUCAACUAAAACAAUUGUAUCCACAUUGACUAGCAAAAUGGGUAUUUUCGUUAAUCAACCAAAUCCAAAGGCAUUACACAGAGAACCAGAAUUGUAUAGCUUUUAUAUGGAACUCUUAUCUGGAAAUGAUCCGGCUUUGCAGAAGCUUGCUUUGGACUGUGUUAUGUCCUACAAAAAUAAAUCUAUUAUGCCUUACAAAGAUCAUCUGUAUGCUUUAAUCGAUGAGAAAAAAUAUAGAGACGAAUUGGUAAGCUUUAAGAUCGAUCGUGCAGCUGGAACCAUUCAAGAUGAGCAUCGUAGUGAUUUCAUGAAGGUUCUUCUUAGAAUUCUCUAUGGAAAGAUGACCACCAAGACGACUCAAAAGAAUGUCAGUAGUCAGGCGAAAAAGGGGAUUAUAUUGAGAUUUCUUGGUGGAUGUUCCACUCAGGAGAUUCUGUGGUUCCUCAAAAUGGCUUUUGGAAUGUAUGAUCAGAUUAUUGAUUCCGAUUUAGAGGAUAUUCCCAAUAAAGUCCAAGAACACUUCAAUGUUAAUGCUGUAUGGUCACCAAAGAAGCUUCAAAGUACAAUUAAUCUUCUCGAAUUAAUUCGGAAACAAUUUGGAGGUCUCAUGGAGCAAGAUUUCCUCAUUUAUAUGUUAAAAUUGAUUGUUUUUGUUGGAAGUGUAUGUAAAGAAGUCAUAACUAAAGCAUCUGAUGAAGAAGCAAAGAUUCAUCCCAAAAUGACGACAAUAUUUAAAAAUGUCAAAAAUACAGCUCUUUUGAGUUUGGUUAAUUUCUUUGAACAUUUCCAAAGUUUUGGAUGGACCAGUACUCAAAUGGCUACUUUAGCUGAGAUUUUUGUUUGGGGAACUGUUGAAAAACUACCCCAAGAUAGUAUUCAUUCACCCACACCGGUUCUUAAGCUUUUACUUCAAUGGGGUGAUGCUCCAAGAUUAUAUGGAUAUCUUGGGACCAAGCGAAAUGAAGCAACACCUUUCCAAUAUGUCGUUGAAUUGCUGCUGAAUGACAAAUCAAAGCCACCAGUUCGGAAGCCUAUUAUGGGAAUGAUUGAGAAAUUGCUUACUAUCAAUGGUGAAGAUCAGGAAGUGGACGGUGUCGAAGUCAUUAAACCACACAUAUUGCAAAUCCUUAAACGUUUAAAGAUGAAUUUCAGUUCUGGAGGCAAGAAUUCUCGUCGUCGUACCAAUCUGGACAAGAGGGAUCUUAAUAUUCUAUCUCUCCUCACUCAGCAUGUCGAUGACACUGAGACUUGUGAUAGUCUGCUACAGCUCCUGUUGCCAAUUUUGAUAUCAAAAUCCCAGACGAGUACUUCAGAGGAGGUUGUCUGCCAGGUUAUUACAACCUUAUCCAAUCUCAUCAAGAAACUAGAUCAACCUGAAUCGUAUUUGAGAAAGAUAGCUCCUCUAUUUGAACAGGUUCAAGAGGUAUCAGCUAGAAAAAUGCUUUGUCAACUGCUAAUUGACAUUGGAAAGAGAAAGGAUGCAUCAACAAAGGAAACAGGUUAUAUAAUUCGAGCUUUGAAUGCCUGGGACAAACGAUGGGUUGAACAACCAGACUAUGACAAGCGUCUAGAUGCCCUUAAAGCCAUCACUGUAAAACUAGAAGACGAAUCUAUUGGUGUUGAUUUGGAUCUGGGAGUUCUUGUGAUCUAUAAUUGCUUCCAUUUUAUAAAAUAUGACAAAGACAUGGGAUUGAGAGAUAAUGCAAGUGAACAUCUUCGAGUUCUUGUUCCCAAACUUAUAAAGAAAUACGAAUCAAGUCGAAAAGAUAUUGACUACCUGGUGGGAGAUAUUUUAUUAAAUUUAAUUCGAAGAGCUAUAAGAGAUGCCAAUGAAAAUGUCCAUAAUGAAGGUAUUCGAUUGUUGGGUGAAAUGGUUAGACAAUGUUCAAGUGCCCAUCAAGUUCUGGCUGAUAUGAAAGAUUUAGCUGAUGCACAAGAUCCAGAAGUGGAUUUCUUUGAAAAUAUGACACAUCUUCAGAGUCAUCGACAUGGAAGGGCUUUAUUGAAGUUCUGUACAUUGGCUAAAACAAUGACUGUGGCUCCCAAUCAGAGGACUCUUACUCAGUUUAUUAUGCCAUUGGCUUCGAGGUAUUUGUUGAAUGAAAAACACGCCGGAAAGCAUACUCUGGUCGAUGCAGCUAUAGAAGCUUUGGGAACUGUAUGUCAGCUUCUUCCAUGGCAACAUUAUCAAGGUGUAUUGAAGUUGUAUUUGCAAAAGAUGAGAACCACUCAGGAACACCAAAAACACUGUGUUCGAAUUGUUGUUCGUAUAUUGGAUGCUUUUCAUUUUGAUUUAUCCGAAGCAUCGGGUGAUAAAAGUUCUAUAGAAGCUUUGAAAAUUAAACUUGAAGAGAAACCAAAAGAAGAACCUGUAAAAGACGACGAAGAAUCUGAUGAAGAAUUAGAUUCAGAUUUGGAAGAUAUCGAAGAUGAUGAAGACGAAGAAGAACAAGUAAAACCAAGAAAGGCAGCAAUUCUAGACAGUUUGACAGUGUUGCAUAAAAAUGCUGCUAAACGAGUAAUGCAAACAAUUGCCACCAUAUUGAUACCAACUCUGAAUCGCUCCAUAACCGAAAAGAGUUCCUAUGAUGGUAAACACAAAAUCAACCGAAAACGUUUUAGUUUCGAGCGCGAAGAAGAAGAGAUUCAGCGAGUUCCAAUUGGUUUAGCUUUGGUUAAACUUAUGCAAAAGCUACCCAAAGAUGUCCUCGAUACAAGUCUCCCAGGGGUCUUUAUGAAAGUCUGUACAUUCCUCAAGUCUCCAUUAAAAUCUGUUCGCAUGCUUACAAGGGAUAUUUUGAAGAAAAUCAUGUUGACUCUGGGAGCUAGUUACUUAGCAAUGUUACUGGACCAUUUGACGAGUUUACUGACUCGAGGUUUCCAAGUUCAUGUUUUAUCAGUGACGUUGCAUGGUAUUUUGGACACUUUAAGGGACAUAAUCAAGCCUGGAGACAUUGAAGCUUGUUUAAGUAAUAUUUUAGAAGUCACACUGAAUGAUAUAUUCGGUGAAUUGGCAGCUGAGAAAGAAGUUGAAAAAAUAGCAGCUCAUACUCCUGAAGCAAAGCCAAGUUCAAAGAGUUAUCUUGUUUUGCAUAUUGUUGCAAGAAAUAUACAAGAAUCUUGUCUAUUAGACAUCCUUGUGCCAUUUAAAGAUUAUUUGGCCAAGAGUCAAUCAAAGAAAAUGACUUUAAAAAUCCAAGAUUGCUUCCAGAAAAUAGUCACAGGAUUAGUUGAGAAUCCUCAUAUAUCAAGAGAAUCUUUACUAAUUUUUGUCUAUGGAACAAUGUCAGAGAGUAUUCCAGAUUUACUACCCGGCAUCGAAACAAAACCAUUAACUGAAAAUGAAAAAGAGAAAAUGCGUCGAGCACGUCCAGAUUGUUUCAUAAUCCAGCCAGAGCCUAAAUUUCGUGCUGGUGCACUUCGUAAGAAUGUUAAGAACAAUGCCCAAGCUAAUGCACAUAUUCUGAUAGAAUUUGGUUUAGAAAUGCUUCAUAUUGUCUUGAAACGAAAGAAGCUCACUGAAAUCGCCUAUGAACCAUUUUUGAAUCCAGUUCUUCCACUUAUUCGUGAUUCCCUGAAGAGUACUCAUAUUCGUGUGACCACGUUUUCUCUCAAAUGUAUAACAUCAAUUUGGAAUGAAGCUUAUGAACUACCUGAAUUCAAGAAUUAUCUUGAUGAUAUCGUGAAGAGAUUGUUUGAGAUUUUACAAAAUUUCUCCACUUUUGGAGCAACUAAACAAGAAGAGAAUUUCCAACUGAUGAAGAAUGCAUUCAAGUGUGUUGUGGCUUUGUUGAGGAAAUGUACGGAAUAUAAAUUGAAUGAUACUCAAAUUGAUCAGUUAAUCUACUAUAUUGAACAUGACCUUCAUGAAGGUGGUAAUCAAACGAUGGCAUUUUCACUCUUAAAAGCAAUGGUGAAUAGAAAAGUGGACACAAAGGAAAUGCAUGAAAUCAUGAUGAAAAUAAGAGAGAUUACUAUUGUCUCGCCAUCUGACUUUGCAAGAGACGAGUCACGGGCCAUCUUAAUAACCUACAUGAUGGAAUAUACUCUCGAGAAGCGAGUUGAGUCUUAUUUGAAGUUCUUUGCCAGGCAAUUAAAUUAUUCAGUUCCAACUGGACGAUUGUCAGUGAUACAGUUUUUCAAUACAAUUAUCAAAAAGUAUCCACAAUUUGUACUUGCUAAAAAGGCAGAGUUCUUAUUUGUCUCGCUUGGAGCUCGAUUGGUUAACGAUGAUACAUCGGAAUGUAGAAAAGCAGCAGCUGAAUGCAUAGAAUUGCUGAUAGGACGUUUGGAGAGUACAGAACGUCAGGCACUUUUCGAUGUGACUUUACUCUUUUUCUCAGCUGAUAAGCCUUCUGUUAGAGAAAUGGCUGCUAUGUUGUGUUCAAGGUUCCUUGCCACUGAAAAAGAGGCUUUUGAAUCACGUGUGAAAGUUGUGUUGCCAUUGUUAAUUGGUCGUCUGAUGUUGUGCAAUCCAAAUGCUCCAGGACGUUUUGUGAGAGCACCAGGUGGUGGAGAAAGUAUUGGCGAUAUAGAAGAGCCAAUAUCGAAAAUACAAAAAGGAAAGAAUGGUAAAAACGGUAAAAAUGGUAGAAAAUUCAAACCUCCUCCUGCAUUGACUGAAGAAGAAAUCGAAUUGAUCGAAGCGAGAAAACAGCGGGAGAUCGAUCAUGAACUCAUUCAAAUGCAGAAUUGUAUUUUGAAAAUUCUGGAAUACUGCCCAAAUGUGCUGACGAAAGAAGAAUUUAAUUUAUCGAUUGAUGAAAUGGCUUAUGAAUCACAGAAGUUACUUGGAUAUGAACACGAAUGGGCUCGUGUUAAUUCAGCAAAGAUUUCGGCAAUUGUCUUAUCGACUUAUGAUUUUCCUUUGGUUGGUCAAAUUAUAACAAAGACGGCCAAGAAAGCAGAAAAUCAGAGAGACUAUAUUUAUCUGAAUCCAGAAAGUGAUAUCAAAAGUUUGGUACUCGAUUUGUGUGCACAGGUGGUGCCGGGAGAGACGAAUCCUCAAAUGAUGGAGGAGAUUGUUAAGGUUUUCCUAUUUGUGGCGAAUAUGUUGAGAGAUGUUCCAUUUGAUGGAGUUAAAAUUAAAAAGGAAGAACACGAAGAUGAUGAUGCCGAAAAUGAUCGUAGUAAAAUAAAUCUUGCUUGGUUGGUGAAGAAUAUGAGAUUUUUGGCAAACAAAGAGUUGGCUAUGGCAUCUCAUAGUAUCAUUACUAGAUCAGCAAUCUUUACACUUGUCGAGGGUCUGAUAACUUUACUGGACACUGAAACGGUGAACAAACUUUCAUAUGGACUUUUAUCGAUGUUGGUUCGUGAAAUGUCUGAAGAAGAUUCAAAUAUCGAUCCACAAUUGAGACAACAAGCAAUUAGAGUUGGAAGCAGAUUACGGAAACGUAUUGGUUCUGAUGUCUAUGACAAACUUAGAUCGAGUAUACAAAUGAAACUUAUGAUGCGUAGGGCAGAGAGGAAAAAGCUGAUAGCACAAGAGAAGGUCAAUGAUCCGGUUAGAGCUGCAAAGAGAAAAAUUAGUAUCCAAGAGAGGAAAAAGGCUUCAAAGAAACGAAGAGUUGAUGUUAUUCGAGGCAAAGCUGAGGGUAAGAAAAAGAGGAAACGAAAGGCCGAAGAGGAUAUCUUUUAGUAGAUUUAAUUGUAAGAUUUUUGUUAGAAUAAAAUAUAAAUUUGUAUAUUUUAAAAUAA